AAGCGUUUCAAUAGAAAAAGCAAGCACAUUUGAAUGUUUAGCGGAAAAAACAAAUAGGCCUAAAUAUUAUGAAAAAGGGACGGUUAGAUCUGAAUGCUUUAGUAAUCUAGAAGAAAAAAUACACGAGUGUAAUCAUGAUAUUCCCGAAAUUAUCGAAAUCACUGAGCGGGAAAAGAAGGCAAAUACGUCUGAAAAAGAAUGUAUUAUCUGUACAGAGAAAGUCAUAAUAAGAGACUUCAUGAAAGUUGCAGAACAAUGUGAUCAUGAGGACAACAUGUGUCAAAACUGUAUUUGUGAAUAUAUUACACUUGAACUUUUGGAAAGGGGGAACAUCAAUGUUUUAUGUCCGGAAUAUGGGUGUCAUAGUGUGUUGCAGGAGCCAGAUAUUAAAAGGUUUGUCAGUGCGGAAGCAUUUGAACGAUGCGAUGGGAUUCGGGUUGAAUCACGCGCUACAAGAAGACCUCUAUUAAAACCAUGGAUAAAAAAAUUUCAAAAAAGCUUAUUGUCACGUAAAGCUAAAAAAACAGAGGAUGAACAAAAGAGGCGAUCAAUACGCGAAGCUAAAGAAAUCGAAAAAGAGAAAAACAAGCUAUUAAAGGCGGAAAGGCAGUCUGAAGUAUUUAUGCAGUCUAAUACAAAGGAAUGCCCGAAAUGUAAAAGUAAAAUUCAAAAGGAUGGAGGAUGUGAUCACAUGACGUGUGGACAGCCUUGUGGAUACGAGUUUUGUUGGAUGUGA